AUGGAAACUUCAGCAUGGGAAGCUCACAAGGGUGAGAUCGAGCAUCUUUACCUGAGAGAGAACAAAACAUUGGAUGCGCUCAGACAGAUCAUGAGAACCAAACACGGCUUUUCAAAAACUAAAAACCAGUAUCAAGUCAAGCUUAACCGAUGGGGCUUCAGGAAGUACCGUGCAGGACCCGAGAAGUGGAAAUACAUCAAACACCGCCUAGAGGUCAGGCAACAACAAAAUCGGAUACUCUCACAGCGAGGUGGCAAGUACCACUCUGGAUACGAAUCUCAAGAUUGUGAGGUCUACAUUGAUGGGGUACUAUAUUCAUCUGCCACGGUCAAGUGUGAGAUUCGUCGGCAAGCAUUUGAGUCCACCUACCGAAGAUUUGCAAUUGGUAUCCUCACCAUCCUCCAAUACAAGAUAUGA